CGGCCGGCCCCCGCCGGCCCCCGGGAACCCCCCGAGGAGCGCACGGGGCGGGGCGCCCCGCCCGGCCGGCCCCGCUGCCCGCCCCCGCCCCCCGCUCCCCGUCGGUCCCCCACUCGGCUGAGUUUCCCGGUCCCGCCCGGGGAUGCACGCGCAGCUCGCGGCCGGAGGGGGGUAGCCGCCGCCGCCGCCGCCGCCGCGUCCCGCUGCGGGCACCCCCCGGGCCGCCGCCGCCCGCCGACGCCGCCGCCACUCGAGCCCCGGGGCGCGCCGAGGUCCCGGCCGGGCGAUGGGGCGGCCGACGCUGCAGUCGCUGGCGUGAGAACGGCCGAAGCGGACGCUGCGCUCGGGCUGGCUCCCGGCCGCCUGCAUGGACGUCUUCAGCUUCGUGAAGAUCGCCAAGCUCUCGAGCCACAGGACGAAGUCUUCAGGCUGGCCACCUCCUUCAGGAACCUGGGGCUUGAACCAGGGGCCACCCUAUGGAUGGGAGAUGACGGCCAACCGGGAUGGCCGAGACUGCUUCAUCAAUCACAUGACACAGGCGCUCCCAUUUGAUGACCCUCGGUUCGAGAGCUGCCAAAUUAUACCUCCUGCUCCCAGGAAGGUGGAGAUGAGAAGGGACCCCGUGCUGGGGUUUGGCUUUGUGGCAGGGAGUGAAAAACCCGUGGUUGUCCGCUCAGUUACACCAGGUGGCCCUUCAGAAGGCAAACUGAUCCCGGGAGAUCAGAUUGUGAUGAUCAAUGAUGAACCAGUCAGUGCUGCGCCAAGGGAGCGGGUCAUCGACCUGGUCAGAAGCUGCAAGGAAUCGAUACUCCUCACUGUCAUUCAGCCUUACCCUUCUCCAAAAUCAGCAUUUAUUAGUGCUGCAAAGAAGGCAAGAUUAAAGUCCAAUCCAGUCAAAGUGCGCUUCUCCGAGGAGGUCAUCAUCAAUGGCCAAGUGUCGGAAACCGUUAAGGACAAUUCACUUCUUUUUAUGCCAAAUGUUCUGAAAGUCUAUCUGGAAAAUGGGCAGACCAAAUCAUUUCGCUUUGACUGCAGCACCUCCAUAAAGGAUGUCAUCCUAACCCUUCAAGAGAAACUCUCCAUCAGAGGUAUUGAACAUUUCUCACUUAUGCUGGAGCAAAGGACAGAAGGCGCUGGAACCAAGCUGCUCUUGCUUCACGAACAGGAGACUCUAACUCAGGUGACCCAGAGGCCCAGCUCCCAUAAGAUGCGGUGUCUUUUCCGAAUUAGCUUCGUCCCAAAGGAUCCAAUUGAUCUUUUAAGAAGAGACCCGGUGGCAUUUGAGUAUCUCUACGUUCAGAGUUGUAACGAUGUCGUUCAGGAGCGGUUUGGACCAGAGCUGAAAUACGACGUGGCUCUGAGGCUGGCGGCCUUACAGAUGUACAUCGCCACGGUUACCACCAAGCAGACGCAGAAAAUCUCCCUCAAGUACAUCGAAAAAGAAUGGGGAUUAGAGACAUUUCUUCCCUCUGCUGUGCUGCAAAGCAUGAAAGAGAAGAACAUAAAGAAAGCACUUUCACACCUUGUCAAAGCAAAUCAAAACUUGGUACCACCGGGUAAAAAGCUCUCCGCGCUGCAAGCCAAGGUCCAUUAUCUCAAGUUCCUCAGUGACCUGCGAUUGUAUGGGGGUCGUGUGUUCAAGGCUACAUUAGUGCAGGCAGAAAAGCGCUCAGAAGUGACUCUCCUGGUCGGGCCCCGAUAUGGCAUAAGUCAUGUCAUCAACACAAAAACCAACCUCGUGGCUCUGUUAGCUGACUUCAGCCAUGUCAACAGGAUCGAGAUGUUUACUGAAGAGGAGAGCCUGGUGAGAGUGGAGCUCCACGUGCUCGAUGUCAAGCCCAUCACUCUUUUGAUGGAAUCUUCAGAUGCCAUGAACCUGGCCUGCCUAACUGCUGGGUACUACAGACUACUUGUGGAUUCCAGAAGGUCAAUAUUCAACAUGGCAAACAAGAAAAACACAGGGACCCAGGAAACAGGAGCUGAAAGCAAAGGCAAGCAUAACCUCGUUGGCACAGAGUGGAACUGUAUACCCCAAAUGACCACCUUUAUUGGCGAAGGGGAACAAGAAGCUCAGAUCACAUACAUCGAUUCAAAGCAGAAGACGGUGGAGAUGGCAGAAGGCACCCUGUGCCCCAAAGACCACCGGCACCUGUACUUGGACAGCGCCUACAAUCCAGAGUCGCUCAGCCAGCCACUGGCCCCACCGGGGGACGCUCCAUGUGAGGCCGACUACCGGGGUCUGGCUCAGCGCUCACUCUUGACCUUCUCAGGCUCAGACACUCUAAAGAAAGCACAGGAGUCUCCGAGAGGAGCUAAAGUGUCCUUUAUUUUUGGGGAUCUUGCCUUGGAUGACAGUCUGACUCCCCCAACUCUAGGCUACGAGCGACUCUUAGAAGAGAAUCCAGAGUUGCUGGAGAAGCAGAGAAAGCUCUACAUGAGCAGUGCCAAUGACAUGAAGAACCUGGAGCUCACGCCCGACCCGGAGAGCAUCCAGUUCGUGGCAAAUUCCGUUUACGCGAACAUCGGCGAUGUGAAGACCUUUGAGGCCGCGGGAGGCAUCGAGGAGCCCCUCCUGCAUGACAUCUGUUAUGCCGAGAACACCGACGAUGCUGAGGAUGAGGACGAGGUGAGUUGCGAGGAGGACCUGGUGGUGGGAGAGAUUAGCCAACCCACCCUCCUCAACCUGUCCGGGUCGAGCGACGACAUCAUCGACCUCACAUCCCUGCCGCCGCCAGAAGGGGGUGACAAUGAGGAUGACUUCCUGCUGCGCUCCUUAAACAUGGCCAUCGCCGCCCCACCCCCUGGCUUCCGAGAUAGUUCCGAUGAGGAAGACUCUCAGAGCCAGGCCAUGGCCCCCCGUGAUGACAAGGAGCCCGGCGGCAGCCUGCAAAAGGACGACAUCCCCGUGUCCCUCAUUGAUGCCGUGCCCACCAGCUCAGACGGCAAGUGUGACAAGGGGCUGGAGAGCACCGUGGUCUCCACACUGGAUGCCCUGGGAGCGCUGGGCGGCUCAGAAGAACAGCAGACCAGGGACAAUUCAGGUGUGGCCAUCCUGCGGGCCUAUAGUCCCGAGUCUUCCUCAGACUCAGGCAAUGAAACUAACUCUUCCGAAAUGACUGAGAGUUCUGAACUGGCCACUGCACAGAAACAGUCAGAAAACCUCUCCCGCAUGUUCUUGGCCACUCACGAAGGCUACCAGCCCCUGACCGAAGAGCAGACGGAGUUCCCCACCUCCAAAGCCCCUCCUGGGGGCUUGCCUCCAAAGUCUUCUCACAGCCUGGCCGCCCGCCCGGUGACUGACCUCCCGCCCAAAGUUGUGCCUUCCAAGCAGAUCCUUCACUCAGACCACAUCGAGAUGGAGCCAGAAACAAUGGAGACCAAGUCGGUCACGGACUAUUUUAGCAAAUUGCACAUGGGAUCCGCCGUGGUGUACUCCUGCACCAGCAAACGGAAAAGCAAGUUGGCAGAUGCAGAGGGAAAGGCGCCCCCUGGCGCGAAUAUACCAGGGAAAAAGCAGCAGGGCACCAAGACCCCCGAGACAGAGGAGGAGGCCAAAGGGAAGUGUGGAACCGGGUCUUCUAGAGACAGUCAACACCUAAGCACUUUCAACCUAGAGCGAACUGCCUUCCGCAAGGACAGCCAAAGAUGGUACGUGGCCCCCGAGGGGGCGGGGACAGAAAAGAGUGGACUGGACGCAGCAUCGGGCAUUACCUUCCCAAGAGCUUCUGCUCAUGGCACAAGGGAGGCUGAAGGGAAGGAAGAAGGCGCUCCUGCUGGGGAAGCCAGUGACGCUGCGGGGCUUGGCCAACGAGACCACUUCUUAACUGACGUGACCUGUGCAUCUUCAGCCAAAGACUUAGACACCCGGGAGGAUGCAGAGCCGCCUCCCUGCGACCAUCCUUCCAAGCUUCCUGAGGCAGAGGAAGGAGUGGCCCGCCUUUGCGACUACCACUUGGCCAAGCGGAUGUCGUCGCUCCAAAGCGAGGGCCACUUCUCUCUCCAGAGCUCUCAAGGCUCUUCCGUAGAUGCCGGCUGUGGUACGGGCAGCAGCAGCAGCACCUGUGCCACGCCCGUGGAGUCCCCUCUCUGCCCAUCCAUGGGCAAGCACCUGAUGCCAGAGACUGCUGGGAAAGGGGGGACUUACCUGCCUCCAGAGGAGAGAGCCUCCGGGCUGCCCCCCCACGGAGCCGCCUUCAAGGAUCUGCACCCCCAGACGGAAGGGAUGUGCCCGCGGAUGACAGUGCCUGCUCUGCACACAGCCAUUAAUACCGAACCCCUGUUUGGCACUUUGAGAGAUGGAUGUCAUCGACUCCCCAAGAUUAAGGAAACCACAGCUCUGACAGAGGCUGGGAAGGAGGGACGAGGAGGCAUGCCUUCAGCUUGGUCUCAACAUCCUAGAGCUGAUCUCAUCCUGCUACCAUCAAACAUUCACUUGGAAUCAAAAGUGCCAAUUCCAAAUCAAGACCCUAAUGAAUUCUCCCAAGCAAAUGAGGCAUAUGCAGAGGCUGUGAGCUGGCGGCCACUGGAUCUGAGAUGGGGGAGCCUCCGGACACCCCCCGGUCAGAGGUCUCUGACGCGAAGCAGCAGCAUCCUCUUGGGAUCUGUCAGUUUGGAGAACUUCCACGAGAGAACCCAGGCUGCUGCAGUCGGCUUCAAGUGUCCAGCCAUCACAGGAGCGCAGGACGCCAGCUCAGAGCGGCCAGCAGAGCUCCCUCUCGGGAAGAAGCUCACCAAAAGUUUUUCCCAAAGCUCCAUGCACAUUAGCUGCGAGGGGAAGGUUCCCAAGAGGCCACCGGGAGCUCAGAGAGACUCAAAGCUGUACCGGACAUUACCCUUGCGCAAGCUGGAUGGCAGCAGUUGGAGAUGCCGGGGGCCUUUCAGUUACUGCUUCCUGAAUCCAGGGCAGGAGGAAGAUGGUGACGAGGAAGAGGAGGAGGAGGAGGAGGAGGGGAGAGAGGCCACCCCCCAGGUAUCCUGCCUCUACCGCCCACAGUUGACUCAAGCCAACACCCAACUCACCAGCCCGCCCCUGGCUGUUGGAAGUCCGAAGCAAGGCGCCCAGCAGCCAGGAGGUCCAGUGCCCAAGGCCUGGGCAGAAGCCCCGAGGGGUCCAGAUGACAUGGACUUCAGCAGCCUGGCCUUUGAUGCACAGAUUGCACGCAUCAAUGCCCUCAAGGAGAGCACAUAUGCAAUGCCCGAUGGGUUCCUCGCAGCCCAGAAUGAUGCCAAUGAGCUGCUCUGCCUUGUCAGGGCGACCAAGGGGAAGCGAGAUCCGCCCCACCCUGACGCGUUAGACCUGACGCUUUCUCAGUACAAGCAGCUGUUAGCCAUCGAGUCCAGACAGUUGGGAAGUGCCUGCAGGAAGAUGGCGGUGGCCGAGAAAAGCCCGGAGGAGAUGCUCCUGGCGAUGACUUCCAGCUUUCAAGUGCUCUGUUGCCUAACAGAAGCGUGCAUGCGAUUAGUUAAAGUCGUGAACUCCGAAGCGCAGCGGCAGGAAAUCGUGGUCAAGAUCAACGAGGUGGUCAUCAACUACAUUUGCCUCCUGAAAGCUGCCGAGGCAGCCACCGGAAAGACUCCUGGGGACGUCGAGGUUGGACUCUCGACGCAACAUUCAGUCACCAUGGCCGCGCUCGUAAGCACACUAACCCGUUCUCUCAAGAUGCUUUUAAAUAAAUGAAGUCCGAAAGUCACGUCGUCAUAAUCUACCUUUGCAAAGCCAUACAUGAAUUUUUAUUUCCCUUCUGUGUACGAUGAACAGAUGUCUCCUUUCUUCUCUCUGUAUAUUUUGUUAUUUUAUAUAAACUAGGAGAUAAAAGUCACACUGAUGAAAUGUUGAAAUGUACUAAUCAGAUGUAUUCUGUUUAUAGUAUAGAUAUAUAUAUACACACAUGAAAGGAAUUUACAAGAAAGUGAUGCCAUGUGGCUAUUUUUUUCAGACCUAUCAAAACCACGGGUCGUUGAUGUGAAAUUCUGUUGUGUUCACGCAAAAUAAUGAAUCCUAUCCCCUCUCCUCUCAAGCAGAUCCUUGGAAACUAUAUAUUCGUAUAUUUAGAAGUCAAGAAAGAAAGAAAUCACAAUGUAUCCAAAACACUGCUAAUGUUUUAAAAUUAUGAUUUUUAGCGCUGGAAAUAGCAGAACAACAUUUAGAAUUCAAAAAAAGCUAUUGUGAAUGAUUCGAGAACAUAUAUAAUAAAUCAAUUUUGGGCUCCUAGUCUUUGGUCAUCUGAUGCUUUCUUCCAAGAAUCCUACCUAGUUAAUGCUCACAUAUGUCAUUUGGGCUAGAAAGGGGUGGAGAUGGAUUCUGCUGUGUCAACACAAAUGUUCUUUAAGAUUUUUAUGAUAGAACGGAAGUACUUCCCAUCUACAACAGAAGGAUGGAUGGCAGGUUCCUAGUUCUAGCUUAUUUAGUUACAUAAAUGGCCAGAGUUAGUGAUACCAAAAUGCAGUUACUCGAUGAAAGGAGAGAUCUUCUUUGACUAAAUGUCAAAAUAUAUAAACCAAAGACCUUACCUCCCUCCCCAACUCUACCCUGAAAUUUAGAAUUCCCUUAAGAGUGACAGAACAUUUAGUAAAGCACCUGUAAACUUGCAGAAAGUAACACUUGACGAUCAUGAAAAGUUUGUGUAGAUGUAGUCAUGUGAAGCCAACACACACCAGCCUGCGAGCUCCGGCUCAACUCCCAGCUCUCAGCAUAGAGCCUCAUGCCACCCCCCUCCUCCACAGGAACCCACGCCGCCAAGCAAAUCUGCAAUUAUAAGCCUAACAUUGGAACAAAAUCUCAAAUCUGGAAUGUGCCAGAAAAUCAGGAAGAGAUGGCCACUCUACUAUAGAAGCUGUGGCUAAACUAAAAUAGUAAAGUCUUUGUCAAACGUUCCAACCUGAUAGAAAUAUGAACGCUAGAAAAAAUAAACCCAGAAGUGGUCAAUUUGACCACGGAUGGAGUACAAAGACAUUUUCAGAACUGACAUCUCACUAAAAAGUACCUGGACACAGCAAAAAGACACAAGCUCUGCAACUUUAAAAUAAAAUUGACAUGUCCACAAGGACUGCUUGGGCUAGUCGGUGCCCACGCACUAUUUAUGUGCUCCGACACACCUAUCUAGGUGGUUCCUUUUCAGGAGGGUGCCAGGUACAAGUAUUUCAUUUUUGUAGGCUACUGGGCAGGCGCCCGAACAGUCCACAGUUGCUCUCUCUUUCAUCAGUUGUUCCAUAGAGACUCUAACAGAAACCACACGUAUUUAUAGGUGAUAGCAAACAAAAGGAGUUAGAUUGUAUUAUAAACAAUGUUUAAACAAUGAACUAUUUUAUUAUAAUGAUAAAUAUUGGUGUGAUAUUGAGAAAUAUAAAUGGUGUGUACUGUGGAAAUUUUUGGUAAAUAUUAUUCUGUGUACUAAAUUACUAACAAUAGGAUGUGUGUUCUAUGUCAGAUAAUGUGCUAAACAUCACACAUAUAUUAUCUCAUUUAAUCAUCCUAACAAUCUUAUGGUUUGAACACUAUCAUUAUAUCUCUAUGUAGACAAUAUGGUUUGGUAGUUAAAGACAUGGGGUCUGGGGUCAGAAACGUCUUGGUUUAAAUUUUGGACUCUGCCAUUUUCUAGCCCUUUCAUCUUGGAAAAGCUAAUACAUAUUUUUCUAAGUUUCAAUUUCCUCAUUGUAAAAUGGACAUCAAUAGUAACAUCUAUUUCCUUAGGGUAGUCAUGAGUUUUAAAUAAUGCUUAAGUACAUCUGUAAAGAUCAUAUCAUAAUACCUGGCAGAGAGUAAGUACUCAAUGUUAGAUAUUACUAUCAUAAGCAUUAUGUUCAAUAUAUUGCCCAACAUCAUGUGUGGGGGAUGUUUGUUUUCUAUGCAUAUUGUAUCCUGCCUCUUUGUACAGAAUACAUUAUGUGUACUGCAUAUGUAUAAACAAAGUGUACAAGGAAGUGAUGAUUCAUGUUCAAAUCACAUAUCCAGUUAGAACAGCUUUCCAGUUCAUUCCAGUUCUUUGCAAAGCUCUUAAGUAGCUCUGGCUCUUUCUAAUCAAUUUCCCAUGACCUAUGGGCUGUUCCGUAAGUUUCUGUUUCUUGUAAGUGGACUCUUUACUACUUAGAAAACUCAAGGAACCCCAUUCACAAAGUGUUGGACUCCUAAAGUGGGGUCCAUGUUGCCUGGAGUGUAGGAAGAAUGUAUUAGAAUGAGCCUUGUGUUUAUUUUUAUCUAGCCUUUUUUAUGUUUGUGUAUGUUUUAUAAUGGCAUAAAAGUACAGUGGUAUAUGUACAUCAUUUUAAAUAAAUAAAUAAAUAAGCAUAUGCCUGGUG